AUGACGACCGAUUUCAGAGUGGAAUUUUUCAUCGACGAAACGGACAGCGAUGUCGCGAAAGCGGCCGAGAAGUUCCGCAGAACCCAGUCCAUUGAGGAUAUACGAGAAAAAUGGAGCAAAAUACGGCAAGGAAUCAAACGGGUCUGUGUUUUCAUCUCCUGUCUGUAUACAGCGGGGUGUACGGCAUCCCCGCUCCUCCCGGGAAGUUGUUAG